CAGCGGCUGCACCUCGAGAUUUGCGCCGGAGCUGAUCUGACGCUGCGGCUGACACCGCACAGGGGGGCUGAAAUAUAACAUUGUUGAAGACAGGUUGCUUCACCCCUCCUGAUUCCGGCGAGCUUCAACUUCCUUUGUGUUCCCAACAACAGCAACAACAAAUACUCGCAGUUGCCCCUGACACACUCUCACAUCAAGCCAAAUUCUACUCCAACCCCCUAGUCUCCUUACUCCAGCGACGCAGAUAAACAAACACCAGAUAGAGCACCCAGUCUGAACCUCUCGCUCCCUUGAAACCCUUCGUUCGAGGCAGAAGUCCCCUAUUCAAUCCUCACGCUCUUUGUUCUACACAUUGUGUCCUUGCGUCCUAUAGCUCCUGGCCAGAGGCUGUGGACUUUAUCAAUCCCUUGAUUCGGAAAAGCGGUCAAAGAAGUACAUAGAUCCGGCCAAAGAAGAAAGCCAUGGCCGACGUCCAGACGCCCACCGAAGCGACGCUUCUCUCGACGUCGAACUCAGCGACCGAAUACACUGCUCCAGCCUCAAAAGAAGCGGCCACACAAGUCUCCCUCGUGGAAGCCCCAGUGACCACUACCACCGCAUCGACAGAGACAGAACCGGCACCUGGCCCCACGGCAACAACGACAGCGACUGUCAAUGGAGUCACAAACGCAAGCACAGACACUGCUACACUUACAAACGGCACUACAUACACACCCGCAGCAGUAUCAGCCACAACCACACCAGUUCCCGUGGCUACCUCUGCGCCUGCGGCAGAUGGUUUGGCCCAAAAUGGCAAAUCGGCGAACCUGAGGGAGGAGGACGACCCGCCGCUGUUUUCCCCGUCUCUCAUUUCGGACGAAGUCAUGUCACGACUGCCAGAGGGCUACACGAUUCGGCCUCUCCGACGGAGCGAUUACUAUGGAGGCUUUCUCCCCACCCUCCGCGUUCUCACCACUGUGGGCGAACCCACUCUAGCCGAAUUCAACGCCCGCUACGACUUCAUCUCCUCGCGCAACGACACCUACUACAUCCUGGUCAUCUGUGACGAAACGUCGACCGUCGUGGGCACGGGCGCCGUGAUCGUGGAGCGGAAAUUCAUCCACAACAUGGGCCUCGUGGGCCAUAUCGAGGACAUUGCGGUCGCGAAGAAUCAACAGGGUAAAAAGCUGGGUUUGAGGAUCAUCCAAGCGCUGGACGCAGUGGCUGAGAGAGUGGGCUGCUAUAAGAGUAUUUUGGAUUGCAGCGAGGCGAACGAAGGAUUCUACGUGAAAUGCGGGUUUAAGAGGGCAGGGUUGGAGAUGGCGCAUUACUAUGAGCAGGGUCCCAAGUCGAGUUAUGAGAGGUCGUGAGAGGCGAUAUGAUCGUGGGAGAGGGCAGGGAAGUUACUGAGAGGCGUUUCCUGGAAGAACGGGUUUGAAAUUGAAGCUGUGCCGGUUCUGUGGAAGAGCACAGAUGCCGCCACGCCAUGGCCGCGAGACAGAGGACAAACAUGUGUUUUAUACUACGAUGGAUGGGCUCUAUAAGAGUCCAACAUGGGAAGCGAGUUCCACGUCUGUGGGAAAGCGAUUCUUCGGGAGGAUAGACAAAAUCGAAGGCAACAAGAAAUGUGACGGAGCCACCAGCUACGAGAGGCGGGGGGAAUGGAACGAUGGAAGAUGGAAAGAGACGCAGGCAUUCCUCGCAGACACAAUGCACACCCCCACACUACAGAGCGAGAGGGAAAGAGAGAAGCACAGACGACGAUUCCCGACAUCUGGGAUGUAUGUCGUCGGUCUUCUCGAGGUCGUUGUUGUUCUGUGUCCCCUUUUCCCAGUGGCGUUUAUCGCCCGGGGGUGAAGGAGCGUUUAGCGCAGCAGCUUUAUGAAGGUCAACGAACCCUUGAGGGGCAAGGGAGGGAGAGAGAGACGGGAAUUCCGUUCAUCAAUGAUAGAUAGAUUUCCACCUACCUGCAUACCUAGGUAUGGAACUACAGGAAGGUCAAAGUGGUACAUGCGAGGUAUAUCGGUACAUAAUAUCAACUGUGUUCACUUUUA